UGAAAUUUGGCUUCUCUAGUCCGAGUUUGAAUUGAAAUGUCUGGGCUCGAGCUCAGCAAUCUCACCACCUGAGCUUAAAAACCAACAGUCUAGACUUUUUCACUACUCACAAGCACAAUAGAAUCUGAACCAUUCAGAUUAAAAAAUGCCCCCACGAGUUGUGUUUUCGAAAGCUGCCUCACAGGCCACAGCCAGUGGCUCCUACUAAAAUGAGUUCAGGUGAUAUUUUGUUGAGAUAAAAGAUCUCACCACUAUCUUUCCAUUGCACAAUAUGACAUGGUAUUAUAACCAAUGGGUGGAGGAGAAUAAACCCAAGGGGUUUUUGGCCAAGAGGGCACGAAAAAGCAAUAAGUUCUUAUCUUCCAUAAAGUCGCAUGUUCGAGACCAAACAUCCCAAACUAGGGACCACUGGAGGGUUUGCCCGAUGCGCGCAAGCUGUCCCGAACAUCUAGAUUUUCAAAAAAGAGGUUGAGGAGAAUUGUGUUGAACACAAUAAUCCACAAAGAUUCACGAAUUUCCAUGACAUGGACCCCAUCCAAAGGGAUGGGCUGACCACCGGAUCCUUUCAAUUUCCAAACUCACCCCACAUGCAACUCCAAAUCAUUGUACUCCGUAUUAAUGAGCGAAAACCACCCCAUGAAAUUUAAAUUCCGAAAGACGUAUCAUCCAGCUUGCAACAGCUAAGCAAAAAGGCCUAAACUCCUAUGAAGUACCCACCACGUAUAUAGCCAUGGCUUUCUACCAUAACCUUCAUCUACCUUAUGAGCCAUGGCAUCUGCAGAAGAGAAAUUACUCUUUUCAAGCCUCUUAGUCUUCUCCCUCAUUGCCACAGUCUCAUCGCGCGGUGCAGUUUACACCCCUCCAACUGUUCCAAGUUUAACAAAUCGCUUCAACCGUGUCUCGAUCAAUCAAGGCUACUCUGAAUCCUUCGGACACUCAAAUAUUCACAUACUGAAUAACGGGUCCAAUGCCAAUCUCGUCCUGGAUAAAUCUUCAGGUUCUGGAUUGGUCUCGCAGAGCAAAUACAACUACGGAUUCUUCAGUGCUGCAAUAAAGCUACCAUCUGGUUUCACAUCAGGAGUUGUAAUAGCCUUUUAUUUGUCUAAUGCAGACCUUUACCCUCACAACCAUGAUGAGAUUGACAUUGAAUUGCUUGGUCAUGAGAAGAGAAGAGACUGGGUAAUGCAAACAAAUAUCUAUGGCAAUGGAAGUGUCCACACAGGGAGAGAAGAGAAGAUUUACCUCUGGUUUGACUCGACACAGCAGUUCCACCAAUACAGCAUCCUCUGGAACAGUCACCAUAUAGUGUUUCUAGUGGACAAUGUACCAGUUAGAGAAUUUGUUCACAAUUCUGCCAGUUCCUCUGUUUACCCAUCAAAACCCAUGUCGGUUUACGCAACAAUUUGGGAUGCAUCAGAGUGGGCAACUCAUGGGGGAAAAUACCCAGUUAAUUACCAGUAUGCACCAUUUGUUGCUUCAUUUGGGGAGAUGGAAAUGGAAGGCUGUGUUUGGAACCCAAAAGUCUCAGCUGCGUCUUGCCCUAGGAGUAGUGGGCUUUCUAGUUUGGACCCAGUUGAGGGGCAGGAGUUUGUGAAGCUAUCACAGGAGCAGAUCAAUGGAUUGGAAUGGGCAAGGAGGAAGCUCCUGUUUUAUUCUUACUGUAAAGAUACAACCAGAUACAAAGUUCUACCACCAGAAUGCAAGCCUAAUUAACCCCUGUAUGGAAUUCCAUUAGCAAAUGGAGUGGCAGCCAAGUGGUAGGGUUGCCCUAUUCUCAUUGCAUGAGGUGAGGGUUCAAACCCAACCAGCCCCAUCCCCCCUUUUCUUAGUAGUAGAAUAGGAUUUGCCUUGUUCAAAAACAAAAAAUUAAAUUCAUUAUUUCUUUAACCUAAAAGGCAGACAUGAAUACUUGAAAUAAAGGAUUUAUUAAGACCAUAUUGUAAAGCAGAGGUUCUUUUAUGUCACCUAUCAUGUAAUGAUAAAAGUGUCAAAGAUUCCAAUGUUCUACGCA